GACGAAAGUCUUUCACCAAAAAACAUAAUAAUAAAUAAAAACGUUUUGUUGCGAAACAAUUGAGUUGUUUAGUGAUUGUCUUUAUAUGGGAUUUGAAGACUGGAUAUCAUCGAUGGUUCAACACAUUGGGGAUCAAUUUAUUUGGUGAUAAUUGAUUGUCCGAUUCAUAUCAAUCAUUUCAUAACAUAAAACUGAAGACUGAAAACACAAUCAAAUUAUAAAAACAAAACUAAAUGUUUGGACAACAAAACUCUUGGAGUGGUUUGCAAUCAAACAAAUUAAUUAUCACUUUUUUUGUGGAUGUGAUCUAUAAGUGUCUCAGUGAUCAUUGAAGUGUCAUUUGAUUAAUUAGUAGGAAUUAGAAAAAAUCUUCAGCAAUAAUAAUAAUGAGUAAAUCAAUUGAAACAACAAAUGAAAAGAUGAUUAAAACUGAAGAAGAAGAGGUAGAGGAAGAAGUGGCGGACAGCAAGUUGUCGUCGACGACGACGAUGACGACGAAAAGGAAGAAUAAAAAGACCGAUAAGUUGCCGAAGAUAUCGAUCGACUUGAAUGUCAUUCCCAGUGUCGAUGUCGAAGAUGACGACUGCGAGCUACGAGGUCUUGGGAUCACUGCAUUUGAUCAGCGAGUCUAUGAAGAAAAUGUUAUGCUUCAAGUGGACAAAGCUUUGGAUAUUACCGGCGAUGGUGUCGGUGCCGGUGGUGGUGACCACUCACAGUCAAAUCAGACACAACAACAUCAAAAACAGAUGCAAAAUAUCUUAAAUCUCGACACAACUAGUGAUAAUAAAAGUGAUUAUUUAGUUAAAGAUAUUAAAACAGAAAUUGUUUCGAUAAGCGAUGAUGAAGAAGAAGAAGUCAGUGGCGAUAAUAGUAAUGAUAUUAAACCGUUUAAAGGUUUGGUUAAACAACUGGAAGAAACAGACGAAGAGCUAAGUGAUGAUGAGAUCAACGAUGAAAGACAAGAAAUCAAUGUUUGCGAAGAAGAUUCCGACGAUAGAGAAUCAGAUGACUGGAGACCGACGGCUGAUGACUAUGAAAGUGAUGAACGAAUUGAUGAUGAAGUGGUCGAUGAAAGCGAUGAUCAAUUGGAUGUACAAUAUUCAGAUGAAGAAUAUUUUGUUGAUUUACCAGAAAGUUUACCAAAGAAAAAGUCAACAAAAAUACUUAAACUAAAGAAGACUGUGAUUAAGAAGAAAAAAGUCACCGAUGAUGGCGACGACAAGUGCUUUCAGCGAAGAAUUAAAGAAUAUAAAAAACAAAGACUUCUGGAGCGACACGAAAACAUUCGUCCGGACGGUACUGAAGUCAAAAAUCUGGACGAAUUGGUAAAACUUGAUAACGGUUUUCAGUUACCGAAACGAAUUUGGGAUCAACUCUAUGCCUAUCAGCAAACGGGUGUCAAAUGGCUGUGGGAAUUGCACGGCAACGGUUGCGGCGGUAUUGUCGGCGAUGAGAUGGGUUUGGGAAAGACCAUACAAGUCAUUUCAUUCCUCUGCGGUCUCAGUUUUACCAAACUGAACGACUUUCGUGACACUCGUACCACACUGGGACCAGUCCUGCUUGUUUGUCCGGCCACUGUCAUGCAUCAAUGGGUGGCCGAAUUUCAUAAAUGGUGGCCUUACUUUCGGGUAGCUAUACUUCACCAAACGGGUAGCCAUUCGGGCAAAAAAGAGACACUGAUUCGUACGAUCAGUAGAUCCAAUGGUAUACUAAUUACAUCCUAUUCGGGUGUUUGCAGCUAUCAGAAGCAUUUGCUGCGCAAUGACUGGCAUUAUGUGAUACUGGAUGAGGGACACAAAAUUAGGAAUCCAUUGGCACAGGUGACCCAUACCUGUAAAUUGUUUACCACACCGCACCGAUUGAUACUAUCGGGAUCACCCAUACAAAACAAUUUGCGCGAACUGUGGUCACUGUUUGAUUUUAUAUAUCCGGGAAAGUUGGGUUCGCUGCAAGUAUUUACCGAACACUUUUCCAUACCGAUAACUAUGGGUGGUUAUGCUAACGCUACUGAUGUCCAGAUUCAAGUAGCAUUCAAAAUGGCAACCAUAUUGAGGGACACAAUAAUGCCGUUUCUGUUGAGACGAUCCAAACAAGAAGUCCAAUCAACUCUAUUGCUUCCGUCGAAGAACGAACAGGUAUUGUUCUGUAAGCUGACAACUGAACAACGAGAUCAAUACAAGUCGUACAUCGAUUCCACGGCUGUCAAAGAGAUUUGCAAAGGAAGUCAUAAGAUAUUUGUCGGACUCAUUAAUCUAAGGAAAAUAUGUAAUCAUCCGAAUCUGUUUCAAGUGAAUCCAAUCGCCGAACUGAAAGCAAACAAAGACGACAUCGAGUUCUACAAACGGUCGGGAAAGAUGAGAGUUGUCGAAGCAUUGCUCAGGAUUUGGUACAAACAGAAACAUAAAGUUCUUGUAUUCACACAAAGCAGAAAAAUGAUCUCAAUAUUGGAAUGUUUUCUACAUCUCAAAGAAUAUACCUACUUAUUGAUGGACGGCUCGACAAGUGUCCAAUCAAGACAAUCGCUAAUCAAACAGUUCAAUGAGGAUCCGAAAAUUUUUGUCUUCCUAUUGACCACACGUGUCGGUGGUAUCGGUGUCAACUUGACCGGUGCCAAUCGGGUACUUAUCUACGAUCCCGAUUGGAAUCCCAGUACCGAUAUGCAAGCCAGAGAACGGUGUUGGCGCAUUGGCCAAAACAAAGCGGUUACCAUUUAUCGGUUGUUGUCGUCGGGAACUGUCGAAGAAAAGAUAUAUCAAAGACAAAUAUUUAAACAAUACUUAACCAAUAAAGUACUGAAAGAUCCCAAACAGAGACGAUUUUUCAAGACAAACGAUUUGUACGAAUUGUUUACAUUGGGAUCCGAAUCGAGUGCUACCGAAUCGAGCUCUGUAUUUGCCGGAACCGACUCCGAAAUUAAGUUGUCGCCCAAAGCCAAGAAACAAAAAACUGAAAAAUUUUCAACAACUAGUGGUAGGAGUGGUAGUAGUAGUAGUAGUAGUAGUGGUAAUAAUAAUAAUAAUAAUAAUAGUCAACAAACGAUGAAGAAGUCCGACGAAGUGAAACUAUCGGCAGAAAAAGUGGUAGAAUUGCGAAAUAGAGCGAAACUGUUGAGCAAAUUGAUUGCUGAAAAGUUUGCAAAUAAUAAUAAUAAUAACAAAGAGAUUACUUUGAGAGGUAAUGAAAAUAAUGAUAAUAGAAAAGUCAGUGAAGAGAAAACAAAUAGUGAUAAAACAAAAACAAAACAAAAAGUCAAGACUAUCAAUGAAGACAACAAUAAUAAUUCAAAGAAGUCGAAAAAAGGGACACAAUUUGAGGGAAAACGUAUCAAAUAUUUGAUAAAACAAGACGUCUAUAAAGACAAGACUACUGAAGAAAAUAACGAAUCGAAAGCCGAUGACGAAUACGUACUGAAGAAACUGUUUAGACGAUCGAAAGUUCAGAGUGCACUCCAACACGAUGUCAUUGAAUGUUCGUCGGCACCCGAUUACGCUAUUGCCGAACGCGAAGCCGAAACAGUGGCCAAACAGGCCAUUGCAGCUCUGAAGCGAUCGCGCGAAACCUGUCUGAAUGCCAAUCCGUUGACCGGCGUAAAAGUGGCCAAAAAGUUCGGUUUGAAACGUAAACUGAGCUCUGGUGCAACUACUGCCGCUACUACCACCGCCGCCACCACCGACGACAACAAAGUCUUCACAAGUAGUUCACUGAUCAACGAUAUUAAGAGUCGCAAUCGAUUCGAAACCGAACUCAUGUCAGCUGAUUCUGAAGAAUACAAUCAAAAUCAACAAGAAGUUCACAUCAACAGCGAAUACGACACACUAUUGUCUGAUAUCAGAAAUUUCAUAGCAUUUCAGUCGAAAAGAAGUGCCAGCAAUGGCGGUGAGGCCACAACUCAGGAAGUGUUGGACGCUUUUCGCGAUAAAUUGCCGCCAAAUCAGAGCGCAAUCUUCAAGUCGAUGCUCUACCAGUUGUGCCAAUUCUAUCGAACCACUGAUGGUGUCGGUGUCUGGAAACUAAAGCCUGAAUUUAGAUAAUAAUUAUUUUAAUUAUAUUU